UAUAAAUCAAAACCAUGUCCGAAUCCAGCGAUAUGACUUCAAAUCACGGCUUCUGGUCCUCACCGGCGACGGCGUUCAACGGCACAGGACCAGCAAGCACUCACUUCCGGGGAAGAAUCCCAAUGCACAUGACAUUCUUCUGGGGCCACGUCACCGAGAUACUCUUCCGGGGUUGGCCCGGGUCCAACUCCGUCAUGUACGGGUUAUCGUUGGUCUUCGUGUUCACCAUGGCCGUCGUAGUUGAGUGGCUAACUCACUCUGAUCUCGUCAGACCCGGCUCCGCCGAUCUAACGGCGUCGCUGCUUCGGACUGUGGUUCAUACGGUGCGUUCCGGGAUGUCUUACUUGGUCAUGCUCGCCGUUAUGUCGUUUAACGGCGGCGUUUUUAUCGCCGCGCUUUGUGGACAUACCAUCGGGUUCUUCGUUUUCCGGACACGGGCUCUGCUGAGAUCGGCCGAAUCGGGUUCGGGUUCGGCUAGACCGCACAGACUUUCGAUGUGAAAAUUUGAAGAGUUGGGUAGUACACUUUUAUUUGGGUUGCAUGAUUUUUUAUUUAAAUAUUGUUGAAUGAUUAUUUUUUUGGGGUUGAAUUAAUUUUUUAAUGAGACCAUUAUAAUAUGUGAGAAAUUAUAACCAAAGGCAUAAUUUGUUAUUUUGAUUUCAAGACAUAAUGUUUUAGUUUAUUUAUUAAGCUGUUUUGGAGAACGAACGACGUGUCGUUUAAGUAU